AAUGGCUUUAACACCAAUGUUACAACAAUGGUGUCAAGAGCUCAACAAAACCAUAUCGAUCAGUUCCUUUCUGUUCUCAUCCCUCCUCUUAAUAUUGCUCCUAAUUGCACUCAACUUCUUCAAAGGUAGCAGAAAACUCAACUUGCCACCGUCGCCGCUACGGCUUCCUGUAAUUGGACACCUGCACCUUCUAGGCAGACUCCCUCACCAGUCUUUCCGCAACCUCUCUCAAACAUACGGCCCUAUAUUGUUGCUACACUUGGGUCGCGCCCCGACUCUUGUUGUCACAUCAGCAGAGAUGGCCAAAGAAAUCAUGAAGACCCAAGACGUUACUUUCUCCAAUAGAGUCCAAACCAGGGCUGCUAAAAGCAUAGCCUAUGGAUGCCGUGAUCUAGCAUUUUCUUCCCAUGGCGAGUAUUGGAGGCAAUUGAGAAAGAUCUGUGUUUCGCAACUUUUGACCCUCAAUAGGGUGCAAUCCUUUCAUUCAGUUAGAGAAGAAGAAGUUGCAGGGUUUAUUGACAAGAUACGUGACGCAAGUCUUACCAGAGCCCCAAUAAACCUUGGAGAGUUGUUGGUUGGUUUGUCCAGCAGCAUAAUAUCUAGAUGUAUUUUAGGAAGAAAGUACGAAGGAGAAGUUAACAAGAAAAGAUUCGGGGAGUUAUCAAGGACUGCAAUGGAGCAGAUGGGAGAAUUCUGCUUCUUGGAUUUUUUCCCUUCUCUGGGAUGGAUGGAUAUUUUAACUGGUUUCGUAAAGAGGCUGAACGACACUUCCGAGGGAUUAGAUGCUUUCCUUGACGAGAUCAUUGAAGGACAUAGGAGUUCCAAAACAACAAAAAAUGAUCAACCUGACAAGGAAUGUUUCAUUGAAAUACUACUCCAACUUCAGAAAGAAGGCAUGAUGGCAAUGGAUAUCAAUCCAGAUAGUUUUAAAGCAAUUUUACUGGACAUGUUUAUAGGAGGAACAGAUACAAGUUCAGCAACCAUGGAGUGGGCAAUGACAGAGCUGAUGAAAAAUCCAACUAAGAUGAAAAAAGCUCAAGAAGAGGUAAGAAGAGUGGUUGGGAAGAAAUCUGGAGUAGAUCAAGAUAAUAUUGAUCAAAUGGACUACUUAAAAUGUGUUGUCAAAGAAACUCUUAGAUUACAUCCUCCCGUUCCUUUUUUGAUUCCUAGAGAAUCGACUGAGAGUACUAAGUUGGGAAGUUACGAUGUUCUUCCAAAAACAAGAGUUUUCAUCAAUAUAUGGGCAAUCCAAAGGGAUCCUUCACUAUGGGACAGGCCAGAAGACUUUCUUCCAGAGAGAUUCGCUAACAAUCCAAUCGAUUUUAGGGGGAAGGACUUCCAGUUCCUUCCCUUUGGUGCUGGGCGAAGGGGCUGCCCGGGCAUCUCAUUUGGUGUCAUGGAAGUUGAACAUGUGCUUGCUAACCUCUUGUACUGGUUUGACUGGAAGCUUUUAGGUGGUGCUGAUGCGAAGGACCUGGACAUGAGCGAGGCUUAUGGAAUAACCCUUCACAAGAAAAUUUAUCUUCAACUUGUUCCAGCCAUGCACACUCUGGAAUGACUCAAUUAGUAACCUACAGAAUAUCUAUAUCAGUAUGUGUGAUUUAAGUUUUUCGCUUGUGGAGAAGUAUGGAAGCAAGCGCAAAUAACGCCUAUUGUUGUACGAUUUAGUUUUUAUUCAGGACCUUCAUUGUGAAGAAGGCGUUAAUCUUGUUAUCCAUCGGUGUAGGCUAAUCGCAUGGAUUCAUAUGGCUCGUUUUACUCUUUUAUUUUACAUUGAUCUUCUCAAGAAGGUAAGUACA